GCUGUACAUCUCCUUUAUAAUGCUUAAAUUAAGUGCGACAUAUCACCAUGGAUGGUGGUGGUAUUGACCUAACCCAUCCCCCCACUGCCCUUUGCCCAUUGGGGGGCGGGGGGGUGUACAUAGUUAGGGACUGGGGAGAUCCAACGGCACUAAUCCCCUGUGAUUUUGAGCCGGCUGGAUGCAGUGCUGUGGUAGGGCUUUAGCCUGCUCUGCCCCUACUCUCUCAAUCCUAUUUCAUUCAUGCCUAGCCUAUAUUUCAUUUCCACGCCGGAGGGUUCUAAAGCACUUCUUCAGGUGCUUAUUAUGGAGGCAGUUUCUCUGCGGCAUCUUUUAUGAUACUCAAGUGAGUCUCUAUCCAUCUCCUUCAGGACAGAUUUAGGAACAUCCCUUUUCUACAAAACCACUAGUCCGCUGGAUUAAGGAAAAAUUCAAUGGAAAUAAAGUAUGCUCCAAGUGUCAAAUGAUCACUGAGCUCAGUGAUAUUGCUUUUUGAUAUUCCUGCAUGUUCACUUAAUUAGAUGUCCAUUUCUAAUUUGACACAUUUUUUUCUUCUAAAAGUGAUUUUUAUAUAACUUGAAUUUCGAACAGAAAGCAAGCACCUAUCAAAGAGAAGGAAUAUCCAUUAUGCCCCCUGAGACAUAAGCAUUUUUUCCCCAUGUUUUCCAUUCUCACAUUCUGCAGAAGAGUCCCAGUGGGAGAUGUAGUCUGCCACAAUAAAUGUGGAGAACGACAGAAGCAUGUUGGUCAGCUGACCUGGAAAGUCACAGCCGUAUGAAUACAUUGUCUUAAGACCUGAGAAGUAUGUGAUAAAACUAAUUAGGGAGAAAAAAUUAUAAAAGUAUAAAAACAGAGCAUUUGUUUCAUUUGUUUCUUUUACCAUCAUCCACAGCCAUAGCACACAAUGGAAAUUUAAUUCUUUGCUUUCAUUAAGUUAAAUUUAUUGUCUGUGACAGGGGAAACAAGGGUUAAAAUUCAUAUCAAAGACCAUCACAGUAAAUGAAACAAAGUAUAAAGCAGGAAAGGAGCAGCUAUCUCCAGAAAUCUGAGGUCAAGUUUAAGUAAAAGGUGCUUUAAUAAAGCAGAGGUGUGACAGGGGGGCAGGUAUCAACAGAAUCUGUGCUUCAUAUAUUCUUUGGUAUCUAGUCUUUGGCUGUGUCGAAUCUAGUUCAUUGAAAUAACCUUCACACCCAUCUCCACCCACAUUAAAUAAAAGGAAAAGUCUGCAUUUUCUUGCACUGAACCAUACACAUUACUUUUGGUUAAGCACUCUACAGUGCUGAAAUACAGCCCUCUUUAAACAAAACCACAAAUCAAAACCAUUUGCUCAAUGUCAAAAAAAAAAAAUCUUGUUAACAGCAUUUUAGUUACUUUGAUCUCACCUUGUAGAUCAAACCAUCGAGCAAGUAUUCAGCCUUGUCUAUGGCAUGUAAAAAGCUAGCCUAAUUUAACUUUAGAGCAGCUGGCCAUACAUCACAUGCCAGUGCUAAAAAAUUAAAGCACUACACUCAGAAUAUGUAAAUUAUAACCCACAGACCCUGUGAUAGCACAGCUAUAGCAUACUCCUAUAGCAGUGCAGCACACCUUUGUUCAUGCUUGCUCAUGUUUAUGUUGUCUAGAGCCACAUGUUACAAACAUUAUACAUUAUACAAUAUUUUACUUUUUUAUGCUAUUUUAUUUAUGUCUCAGAUACACAUUCAUACAUAGCGUAUGCAGAACUACAGCAAGGCGAGGCUGAGAUUUACAGCUGUGGUUAAUUUCAACAGCAAGCUGCCGCAACACGUUCAAGAUAUCAAUAUUCUGAUGGUGACGAACCAGUGGGAGGGAAGGGGGGGUACCAGGGGGAGGUGGAGGAAGACUGAGGUGCACAAGCAGUGUGUAUAAGGCAGAGAGCAAGUGACUGAGCAAGAGAGUGAGAGGGUGUUUGUGUGUGUGGGAGGGAAAAAGAGAGAGAGAGAAACAGUAGUGAUGAUCGACGCCAGGCUGCCACCACUCUGUAGCAGUGAGUGGCUGCAACAAAAAGCACAGAAUAACAUCCCUGACUCCCUGCUCUGCUUUUUUCUCUCUCCCUGCGUCUCAGCUAGCAGACGAGGGCUCCGCUCACAGCUCUGCAGAGGGUAUGCUGAGACUAAGCCGGCGUCGGAAGCAGGAUCUCUGGCUGCCAUCAACAAGUUAGGGUUGGAAGACCACAGCCAUGAAAGAGGAACGCUUGAUCUUCAAUUAACCAUUUGAGCUGACAUCAUUGCGGUGGAAGGGAAACAAAAGGGUAAAAAAAAGAAAAAGAAGAAAAAGGAGAGGGGGGGGGGGUCUGUUCACCGGAGCUGCUCUGGAUGCAACUGAUCAACUUAAAAAAAAUUAUAUAAAUAUUUAUUUCAAGGAUUCGUGGAAUGAAGAAAAAGAUUCAAUCCUUUCUUUGAGCUUGGAUUUUAAAGGACUCUGAGCAAAAUAACAGGAAUUAACAUCAUCUUGGGACAUGGAAUUUCAUAUUUUGUUUCAUUUGGGUGGGCUCAGAAUUGCUUUAUUUCCAAAGAGGCUGUUUCCUUUUGUGCUUACUCAAAAGGGUUUUUAUCCUUUGGAUUUUUCUUCCAUCUGGUUGCUCCAAGAGUCUGCGGAAAAGGACAGUUGAAUGCAGCCUCCGAUGUGCACAAAAGAAUGGGUUUCCAUUCAAGGUGGCCAUUGGUGGGACCUGCACCAGCGGCUCUGUGUCUGUGUGUGAUCAGCAUGCUCCUAGUGUGCCUGCUGCCUCCUGCAUCGUGCACAACCUGCCCUCAAAAAUGCCGCUGUGAGGACCUGCAGUUCUACUGCGACACCCAGGGGCUUCAGGCACCCCCAGAUGGUGUGGACAAGGGGGCCCUGGGGUUGUCACUACGCCACAACAGCAUCACUGAGCUCAGCCCUGAUCAAUUCUAUGGAUUCAGCCAGCUCACCUGGCUACAUCUAGACCAUAACCAGAUUACCACAGUACAAGAGGAUGCCUUUCAAGGGCUUUACAAGCUGAAGGACCUCAAUCUGAGCUCCAACCGUAUCACCAAGUUGCCCAACACAACCUUCAUCCACCUCAUCAACCUCCAGAUACUGGACCUGUCCUUCAAUCAGAUGACUGCAUUGGAACCAGAACUGUUUCAUGGACUGAGGAAGCUCCAGAUACUCCACCUUCGCUCCAAUUUACUUCGCACCACACCUGUUCGAGCAUUCUGGGACUGUCGCAGCUUGGAAUAUCUGGGCCUGAGCAGCAACCGUCUUCGGAGUCUGGCCCGAAAUGGAUUUGCUGGGCUCAUUAAGCUUAAAGAGCUCCACUUGGAGCACAAUCAACUUACCAAGAUCAACUUGGCCCACUUCCCUCGCCUUGUUGCCCUGCAGUUUCUAUAUCUGCAAUGGAAUAAGAUCAGCAACCUAACGUGUGGCAUGGAGUGGACCUGGACCACUUUAGAGAAGCUGGACCUCACAGGAAAUGAAAUUCGUGUCCUGACACCUGAUGUGUUUCAAACGCUGCCAAAUUUAAAGAUUUUGCUGCUGGAUAACAAUAAACUAAGCAGUCUGGACCCCCAAGUCAUGGAUAUGUGGCAGUCUCUGGGCACCAUUGGGCUGUCUAGCAACCUUUGGGAAUGUACCAAAAGGAUUUGCUCUCUGGCCACAUGGCUAAGCACCUUUAAGGGAAGGUGGGAACAUUCCAUUCUCUGCCAUAGUCCUGAAUAUGCCCAAGGUGAGGAGAUACUUGAUGCCGUUUAUGGAUUCCAGCUUUGCCAGAAUUUUUCAGCGCCAGUUGUUCAGACCAUUAGUACAACCACAGACGCUACUACAGCUGCAGAGAUCACAAGCUCCUUGUUUGGAAUUAUGCAGCCAACCCCCACGCAGGACUAUGCAGAGGAUUUUGGGAGCUUUACCACAGUCACUACCACAACAACCACAACACAAACACCACGCACUGCUCAAGCAACUACCGCUACAUUGGAAGAGGCAGCUGUGACGGAUGACUUCUCGGCAAUGGACAACACUGUUAUGACUCAUAGGGUUAUCAUUGGAACUAUGGCCCUUCUAUUUUCAUUCUUUUUCAUCAUUUUUGUUGUGUAUAUCUCACGGAAGUGCUGCCCUCCCACCCUGCGCCGGAUACGCCACUGUUCGGCUAUACAGAACCGCAGACAGAUGAGGACCCAGCAGCGACAGCCUAUGGCAGAUCUAGCUACACAGGUACCCUAUAAUGAGUAUGAGCCCAGCCAUGAGGAGGGGGCACUCGUGAUCAUCAACGGCUAUGGGCAGUGCAAGUGUCAGCAACUGCCUUACAAAGAGUGUGAAGUAUGAACUCUUAUUUAUUCCUAGAGCAUAUGGUUUGCCAUUUGACCAUUUCAGAUGAUACAGGGUUUGCUUUUUUGAUUUUUUUCCAGUUUGUGUAAAAAGCAUAAUUUCUACAAGUGAGAUUUGAGAACAUGUGAGAAAUGUUGAAUGCCACAAUGACAGAGGUUGGACGUGACAGUUUAGGGAUGAGGUAGAGAUAGUCACAAAUUUAUUUUUCUAUGAAUGCAAGGUUGUUCAUAUCAGGCAGGGGGCAAUCAUUUUAAACAAGAAAAUUGUAAACUGUGAGAUUUGUCUCCACAUUGUCUCUAUAUUCUGCAGCACAGAGAAAAUACUUAGCCAAAUGGCCCUCUGCUAACGGAAUACAUUAAGUGGAGAAAUGUGAUUUAUGUCUUAUUUCUUUUACAAAGUAAAUAUUGGAAAUCAUGUUUCUAAAUGCAUCACAGGCACUGUAAGCCAAUCACUCAAUCACUGGAGCAAAUGAAUCAGAGAAGUUCAGAGUGUUUUUGUUUUACAGUUUCAUUGUUUUGGGAGAACCAUGGUACAUUAAAGGCUACUAAGACCAAACUCAAAUUCUGAAUUACAACUGAAAAAUAAAUGUCAUUAUUGUUAUGUUACAAAUAAAAAUAAAUCCUCUCUUGAGGAGAGAAGAGCCCUGAAAUUCUAUUCAGUACACACUAAUGAUUUUACUUUUGCCAAAUCAGACAUGAGUCAAUUAGGCAAGUCUAUAACCUUCCAUGAGAUCAAAAGGCUCUCAGUGUUUCCUGUUUACAGAAUUUAUUUGGGCAGCCCACCCCCAAAAACAGCUGUCCUUAGCCAAAAAGGGAUUAUUUUUUGUUUUUGGAAAUUUGGGUUUCUUCCAAAAAUUUCUUCUGUGAGCAAAUGCAACUAAAAGUGUGUACUGAUUGAAAAGACUGCCAGAAUGGUAAAUUUAUGUUCAAUUAUAUAAAUUGGAAAAAUGACCUCUUUAAUCAGACGUUAGCUCGUAAAUGCAAUGCUGUUUUGCAGCUGACUCUCAAGUUGUUGGAUGUUGGAGCUCCCGCCCACGGGGGCCAACUGCCACAAAUAAAUUCUCAACCUGUGGGAAACACUAAGCAUUGUUCGUCUGUGGUUAAUCUCCAAUAUGCUACACUGCUUAGCAGAACACAUGGAUGUCUUUCUCACCUUGGACAUCAAGAACAAAUUCAUUAGACUUUAAACGUACCAUGACGUGUACAUGGAUUCUCUAGCACCCAAAUGCCAUACACACUGUGAUCAUAAUAUUUCCAACAGCUUCACCUAGCAAGUACAGUUUGCUGAUUUGUUAUUAUAUAUCAGGAUCAAUAUACAGACAAGCUAGUGUGAGAUGUGAUGGUAGCAAGUGAAAGAGUAAUGAACAGUGCAAAUGCCAGAUAGGAGAGCAUUUCACUCUGAAAAUAAAACCUUUCCCAGUAGCCCAGGCUCUUUACUGCUUACACUCUAAUCAGGACUGACAGGCUCAAGAUUGAACCAAUUAAGGCAAGGCAAAAAGAAUCUAAUAUUCUGUCACCCACACCAGUGAUCCAGCAACAUUUAGCUUGUUCAGCCACUCAAAAAUAGUUCUUGUAGAAUCAUCCUACACACCACACAAAAACAUCAUUGAACCUUUUAUUUUAAGACAUUGUUCUUGUUAGGGAUGCUGAGUUGUCAUUUAGAGUCUUAAAAAUGGGGUUAGGGAGAAUAAUAAAUAUUAAAGUAGUUCCUCAGUUAGCAGUCACAAGUGUCAAGUUAAACUGUGGUCAAUACCCUGAAAGCAAAUGGAGAUCCAAUGAUAAGCAAACAGCAAGCCUGGGUCAGGACACAUUUGUAUGCAGCAGGGAGAGGAUGUGCAUUAGCAUCAGACUAAAGCUGCUGCCGCAGCUCCGCACUUCUUUGUGUUCGGUUUGGUGGUGGGGGCAGGGUGAAAGAGAGAGGAAUUGAGAGGAAUUGAUGGGACGAUGGAGAGGGGCAACUAUGGGGUAAUGUCGUAGUUUAUCAAAACCAAUGAGCAUCUUUCUGGCCAAGUAAAGGUAGUUGAGAAUGGGAUGAUGAAUACUGACUGACAGCACCUUGGGCUUGAAACACAUAGGCCUACUGACCACAGAAGCAGUGCCAGUUUCAGGACUAGUCAACUGAUGAGCUGUCUAAUGUUUGAAUAGUGAAAAAUUUAAAUAAAAUUCUUCUCUCUGGAAAUCAGAAUAUGGCUUUUUCUCGCAGGCUCAAGUUUCAGCUGUGCCAUUAAGUCAGCAAGUUAUUUCUGAUAGCAUUGCUUCUUAAAGUGAGAUAUCUGGUUUUGAGCAAUUAGGAUGUAAUUCGUUGGCUGGCGCCCCCUAAAGGUAGCCAGGGGGUGCCAUUUGUAAACCAAAUUUGGCAGGCUCUCUAGUGAGCCUGCCAAAUUUGGCUUCAAACUUCUAAAUGAAUGUUUGUGUCAAUGUUUCCCUGCACAAGCUCAUAAAACGCCUACAACAACUGCUAAGAAAGUGUGUAAACCAAAAAUUGUUACACUUCACAUUUGAAUUAACUGAAAAGCAUUACACUGAUCAUGAUUUCCAAAGCCAAGCACCUCCACUUUGUAUCUAAUUUUUAUUUUCUUUCAGCUUCGCACUGCUUUUACUAUUGCCCUUCUAAUCUGUCUUGCAUGUUCAAAAGUCAAAAUUGAGUUCAAUAUUUCUUAAUGUCAUUCAGCAAACAUGGAGAGUCCUCAUUUUUUACAACACCAAGAAUAGGGAUGUAUGUGGAAUUCCUAUAAAGUUCUGUCAAUCAUUUGACAUUUCACUGUUUAAGAUUACGGUUGUACUAAGUGACUGAAAAUCCACAAAAUUUGUAGAGAUAUGCAUCCCUUUGCACUCUGGCUCUUUGUAAACUGUUUUUGUUUCCUCUUGUCAUCCUCUAGCCCUGGUCCCCACCCUGCCUAAAAAUAAAAAAAAGAAAAAACAAGUGAA